CCCCCCCCUCUCUCUCUGCGCUCCUCCGUCACGGGGACGCGCCCGCAGUUACACGCACACACCCGCCGCGCGGCCAGGCCACCGGCCAGCCUCUCUGCCUCUCUCCCCCCCUCUCUCUCUUCUCUUUCCUUUUCCUCCAUUUUCCGUUUUAAACUUUCCGCUCACUCCCGGUUUACCGUGAACCUUCUCCCCUCAGAACGGGCGCGGGAGAGGCGGCCACCGGGCCGGACUAACCACCGGAUUACCGAGUCGGAGGGCGCAGCUCGCGGCCGGACCUGCCGUGAUUCUCCGCCCUGCCAGCGGCGGCAGCGGGCCUCAACUUUCUUCAUCUUGUUUCACUUUGUUUUUUAGUCUUUCCGCCGCCGGUCACCGUCACCGGGCGGCGCCGUCAGCCCCGAGGAGAGCGGAGAACCGUCCGCCACCGCCGCCGCCGCCGUUACACCGGAGGAGACAGCCCAGAGCAGGACCAGGACCGGGACCAGGACCGGGACCACGGCUGCCUCACCGACUGACCGGCUGAACUCCGCCGUUUGUUAUCGAUCAUUUAUUGGUUUGUUCUGAUCGGAGGGAUGGGGACGGUGUGAGCCGAUCAGCGCGUGGCCUCCACGAGACUCACGGUUUCCUCCUGGUCCGGUAGAGGUGGGGGUGGGCGGAGCUGAAUGAUGGCGGGCGCGUCGGUGAAGGUGGCGGUGAGAGUCCGCCCGUUCAACUCCCGAGAGACGGGACGCAACGCCAAGUGUGUGAUCCAGAUGCAGGGAAACACCACCUGUAUCUCUAACCCCAAACAGCCCAAAGAUGGAGCUAAGAACUUCACCUUCGAUUAUUCCUACUGGUCACACACAACGGUCGAUGACCCCAGCUUUGCGUCUCAGAGGCAGGUGUAUAAGGACAUCGGAGAGGAGAUGUUGCUGCACGCCUUUGAAGGAUACAAUGUGUGUAUUUUUGCGUACGGCCAAACUGGUGCAGGAAAGAGCUACACUAUGAUGGGCAAACAGGAACCUGGGCAGGAGGGAAUCAUACCACAGCUGUGCGAGGACUUGUUUCAGAGAACGGGAGAAAACACAGACCCUGACCUGACCUACUCUGUGGAGGUGUCCUACAUGGAGAUCUACUGCGAGCGGGUCCGGGAUCUGUUGAAUCCAAAGUCCCAGGGGACUCUGCGGGUUCGGGAGCAUCCCAUCCUGGGGCCGUAUGUGGAGGAUCUGUCCAAACUGGCUGUGACCGGAUUCACCGACAUCCGGGACCUGAUGGACGCCGGCAACAAAGCUCGGACAGUUGCAGCCACAAACAUGAAUGAGACGUCGUCCAGGUCACAUGCUGUCUUCACCAUCGUCUUCACCCAAAAACGGCGAGACCAGAUGACCAGCCUGGACACCGAGAAGGUCAGUAAGAUCAGUCUGGUCGACCUGGCUGGAAGCGAGCGAGCGGACUCGUCGGGGGCAAAGGGCACUAGGCUCAAGGAAGGAGCAAACAUCAACAAAUCUCUCACCACGUUGGGAAAAGUCAUAUCAGCUUUGGCUGAAAUGAGCAGUAAGAAGAGGAAAAGUGAUUUUAUUCCCUACAGAGACUCUGUCCUCACCUGGCUACUGAAGGAAAACCUGGGAGGAAACUCUCGGACGGCCAUGAUCGCUGCUCUAAGUCCUGCUGACAUCAACUACGAAGAAACACUGAGCACCCUGAGGUAUGCUGACCGUGCCAAACAGAUUCGUUGUAACGCUGUGAUCAAUGAAGAUCCAAACGCCAAACUGAUCAGAGAGCUGAAGGCUGAGGUGGAACGACUGAGAAAUCUGCUGUUCUCCCAGGGCCUGCAGGAACUGCUGGAUAAUGCUGUCAACAACAACAAUGGCACCGGUGGUGUCGCGGGUUUGACCCCCUCCCCGCUGCAGCUGGCCCUCACAGCCAAUGGGAUCACGCCUAAGAAUGGCUCCGCCCCUCCAGCUGCAGGUGAGCCGGCGUCUGCGGGCGACGUCCCCGCUGACCCUGACCCCCUGAUCGAGGAUGGAGAGGAGGGAGAGGAGGCGGUCGCCACAGAGCCCAUCAGUAAAGAGGAGGCAGCUGAAAGACUUCUGGAGACAGAGAAGAUCAUCGCUGAGCUUAACGAGACGUGGGAGGAGAAACUAAGAAAGACAGAAUCGAUUCGUCUGGAGAGAGAGGCCCUGCUGGCAGAAAUGGGCGUGUCCAUUAAAGAAGAUGGAGGAACGCUGGGCGUCUUCUCUCCUAAAGGAACGCCUCACCUGGUCAACCUGAAUGAAGACCCUCUGAUGUCCGAGUGUCUCCUCUACUACAUUAAGGAGGGUUUCACCAGGGUUGGACAACAGGACGUCGACAUUAAACUGUCCGGUCACUUUAUAAAGGAGAUUCACUGUGUGUUUGUCAGUGAGACCAACGACCAGGGAGAAGUGGUCGUGACUCUGGAGCCGCUAGUCGGCGCGGAGACGUACGUUAACGGGAAGCAGAUCACUGAGGCCGUUGUCCUCAAACAAGGCAACCGCAUCGUGAUGGGGAAGAACCACGUGUUCCGGUUCAACCACCCGGAGCAGGCGCGGCUGGAGAGGGAGCGCAGCGUGACGGCCGAGCAGCAGGGGGAGCCGGAGGACUGGAACUACGCUCAGAGAGAACUGCUGGAGAAACAAGGCAUCGACAUCAAACUGGAGAUGGAGAAGAGACUGCAGGACAUGGAGACUCAGUACCGUAAAGAGAAGGAGGAGGCCGAUCUGCUGCUGGAGCAACACAGGCUGUAUGCCGACAGCGACAGCGGCGACGACUCCGACAAACGCUCCUGUGAGGAAAGCUGGAGGCUGAUCUCCUCCCUCAGAGAGAAACUACCUGCCAACAAGGUGCAGUCCAUAGUGAAGCGUUGUGGUCUGCCCAGCAGUGGGAAGAGGAGGGAGCCUCUCAGAGUCUACCAGAUCCCUCAGAGGAGGAGGAUCAGCAAAGACCCCAAACGGGUGACCAUCGAAGACCUCCGCAUGCAGGCCGUCAAAGAGAUCUGCUACGAGGUGGCUCUGGGUGAUUUCCGUCACUCCCGUCAGGAGAUCGAGGCGCUGUCCAUCGUUAAGAUGAAGGAGCUCUGCCGCAUGUACGCCAAGAAGGACUCCAACGAGAGGGAGAGCUGGAGGGCUGUGGCCCAGGACGUCUGCGACACCGUGGGCAUCGGAGAGGAGAGGAGCCCCCCCACGGAGGAGGGAGUAGGAGUGGGUGGAGGAGGUGGAGGCGGAGGAGGAGGAGGAGGGGGAGAGACGGGGGAGGGGAGAGAGAAAGGGAAAGUGUACGACCUGAAGGCUCACAUCGACAAACUGACCGACAUCCUGGAGGAGGUGAAGCUGCAGAACAACAUGAAGGACGAGGAGAUCAAAGCUCUGAGAGACCGGAUGAUAAAGAUGGAGAGCAUCAUACCUGUUCAGGACGACGACAUGAACGGCGAGGGAGGCGGGUCUCCUCAGAGAGACGGGGGCGACGGGGGCGACGGGGGAGGGGGCGGCGACGGCGUGGACCAGCCGGAGGUCAGAGUUCAGCGGCUGAUGGACGAGGACCCGGCGUUCAGGAGAGGGCGCCUCCGCUGGCUGAAACAGGAACAGCAGCGAAUCCUGAACCUGCAGCAGCAGAACAUCACCAAGAAACUACGAGGACAAAACCAGAACCAAGGUCAGAACACCCCGACCGUCCCCGUUCACCUCCCGGGCACCGGCCGCUUCAUCCCUCCCCAGGAGUGCAAGCUCAAGUUCCCCUUCAAGAGUAACCCCGCCCACCGGUUGUCAUGGGGACCAGCCAGCGCCGCCCUGCAAGCCCUGGGUCUCGGGGAGGGAGGAGGCGAGGGGGAGAGCGAGGGAGGAGGGAGGAGGAGGGGAGGAGUGGAGGGUAUAGGCUCUCCCUCGCCUCCGCCUCCUCAGGGUCAGUCUCCCGCUCUCCUGCCCCUCCCCUUCCAGGCUCCGCCCCGCAUGCGCACGCCCAGCCCUCACCGCGGCUGGCAACAGCGUAACCACGGCAACCAGGGGAACCAGGGCGCCUUCCACUACCACCACCAGGGCAACAACCAAAACCACCAGCGCCGCUACCGCCGCAACUCCCUGGACAGCUCCACCCAUGGCAACGGUAACUAUGACAACGACCAGCACCACAGCGGUGGCGGUGGCGGUCACCAGGGGCGACCAAGACAGAGGAGGGGGGUGUCGCCUGGGCCAGGGGGGGAGAGAGGAGGAGGGAGAGGAGGAGGAGGAGGAGGAGGGGGGAGAGACAGAGACGGAGGCUUCCAUUAUAAUCAACGCCAGCACCAUCAGUACCACCACCACCCCUACUACAACCCCCACAAUGCACCAUUCCAGCCAGGACCUCACCCUAACUACCACAGUCUGCCACGCCCCGGGCCCCCACCCCUCCCUGCUGACAUGCUGGUGGGGGUGGGGCCACCGCCGGGGGGGUGGGGCUUCACCACCCCUCCCAGGAUGAGACGGCAGUUCAGCGCACCGGACCUCAAAAACAACAAGGAGACCCCCAUCUGACCUCUGACCUCUGGAGGUCUCUGAUUGGCUGCAGGACACUGGGCGGUCCUGAUGCUGUAGAGACUAGGCUGUGUGUGUGUGUGUGUGUGAGUGUGUGUGUGUGUGUAAGUGUGUGUGUUGCAGCACUUUUCUCAUAUUGCGUCACACACCAACUAACAUCACACACAUCCUGUAUUUUUAAUCCUGCUGUGUGUGUGUGUGUGUGUGUGUGUGUGUGUGUGUGUGCGGCUUCCUCCUCGCUUUUCAUGUUAGCACGGGUUAGCUGUUGCCAUAGCGACACUGUUUUUAGGAAAUUAUUUUAUUUUUUUCACUGUUUUUCAAACAGGAUCGAACUUUAAUGAUUUAGUUUUGUUGAUUUUUAUUGAUCGCUGAUAUUGAUUGACGUGGUCUCGAUCAGUCGUUUAGAACAAGGUGCCUUAAAGCUGAUGUGUUAGCUCCUGAAGCUAGCUCCUGUUAGCAGAAGUCUCCUGUUUGUUUGUUUGUUUUUUUGUUUUUUUUUUAAAGAUUAAGUACGUUGGUGUGAUUUCCUGGGCAGGAUGGAUGUUUGUACUUAGAUGGACUUGAGUUUUAGCGCCUCUGUUUUAGCCGCUGUUAGCCCAGGAGGCUAACUAGUCUGGUUUAGCCUGAGAGGCCUGUGUUAGCUGGGACAAGUCAGUUAGCCUCAGUAGGAAGCAAGGGAUGGCUGUUCAGUCUGAGAGGUUUAUGUGGUCAAGUGGUAUACAAGCCCAAGUUUAACCUAGCCUAGCUUAGCCUAGCCUAGCCAAGGCAGCAUUCAUGUUAUGUGGGAAUUACAGUUUGUAUGACUUCAAUGCUAACACGUUGAACCCAUUUUACACAAUCAAUAAAAUUAUCACUUAAUUAUUGGAAGCGGUUUAUGUAGUUAACAUAAAAAUAUUUGGAUGUUUCUAUGUUGCACCACAGGAGGGAGCUAAACUGUGAGCAAUGACGAUUAAACAAAAACAUUUAAGUUGCAACUUAGCACCAACAAAAGCAUGGUGUUGACUUGUGCGGGGGGAUCUAGAUGACGUAAUUACUGUAUUUUGUCUGGAACAAGACAAACAAAAACUGCUGUUCUACGUGAUAUCAGUGAAACCGAUACUGAAAUAUCAGCCGGCCGCUGCUCGGUUUUUCAGUUUGGUCGCUUCUUUUUGUAAAACAGUUAACACCUGACUGACAACUUUAACUGACAUCAACUGACAACUCUUUAAAACGUUGCUGCAGAACUUUUUCCCUCGAAGCUCGUAUUUACGCGUCCCUCCCAUGUGACUUGAAUGCUGCGUCGCUGAGUGCUACAAAACCAAAGAAAGCUGCUCUGUGGCGCCUCCUCCAGGAGAGCAGAGAGCUGACUGCUGUACAGAGAGAGAGAGAUGGAGGGAUGAGAUGUCAGGGCUGAAAGAAAGAGAAACUCCUCGUCUGUUUUAGAGGACGCUGUGAGGAGGAGGAGGAGGAGGAGGUGUGGUUGUAAAUGUUAAUGAGAGACAGACUCGCAUGUUGAAUCUUUUAAAGCGUUGUGUGUAUAUUUGAAGUGUAUCCUGACUUUUGUUUUUAUGAAGAUGAAUCUAUUUUAAAAUAGGCUGCAACAUAUGAGAUGUGCUCACGGUGAGUUCACUGUCUCUGGCAAUCGUGGGAAAUGUAGUAAGUGAUACCUGACGUGAUGCAUUAUGGGAGAUGUAGGAAUCAUGAAACGUGGUGGAUUAUAGUUUACGUAGGGCUGCGAGAAAGCGAAGGCAGAGAAGACGGAAGAGUGAGACACUUGAGGAGAAACCUGCGAUACAAUAAGCUUUGUUUUUAAAAAGUAAGAGACAACUUCCUCCUGUAAGGAUCUGACACUACUUAGUAUUUUAUGUCCACAUCGAGAAGGGACGAGGAAUUAACUGCUGCCUUCCUGAGGCGUCAGGAAGAUGGAAACUGUGGCAUUUUCCCAUUUGAGUCAUAUAAUGUUGCAUUUAAUGUCACUUUAAAGACAGCUUUUUCAACAUACUGACAGUUAGCGACAUGUUCUCGUUCUCAUUAUACUUGUGUUUGGGCUUUUCUUCAGCCAGCUGUGUCCGACUGAGCUGUAAGUUUAAUGCCAUAUAUUAUGAUUCUUUAAUUAUGCUGUUAAUCAAUUAAUGUAAAAAAAACCUGAAAAAAAUCUAGGGCGUCAUCAUCAGUGGUCAAACCCCAAAGAUUUUCAUUUUAAAAUGAUAAAACAUUUUUUUUACUGUUGUGUUCACUGCACCUCUGAAACAUAGGAAGUUGUAAUUACAACCGACCUGCCACAAAUUUCCAACUUCCUACGUCACUCUGAACGCAGCCCUGGUGUGUUCAGUGUCCCCUGAAUGACAACAUGUUUACUGUCAGGAGGAGUUGGGAGUUAAGGGCACUGCCCUAAACCCCGCCCACACACAGAGCAAGGCAUUGUGGGAGAUGACGAGUGGAGCAUUUUUGUGCUCUGUGACUUUUAAGACCUUUUCACAAAAGGAUCAGAACCAACCAAUGGGAGCGCUCCCUCCGGCCGCUCAGCCAGUCAAGGAGGGAGUCGCCACGGUGAUGAUGACAAAAAACACAAGAACUGAUUGUGAUUGGCCUGAGAAGCAUGACAUCAGCGGAAUUGUAGUUCCACCUUGUUUUGGUCUGCUGUCUCUGGUAUCGACCAAUCACGGGACAAUCGUGAUAACCUGCUGCCACCGCCGGGCUUGAUGGGAAAUGAUGUUUCCUUUUUGUUUAUGGUUUUUAAUUUUUCUGAUUUUUUUUUUUCAAUUUCCAGCUUGGGCCUCUGAUUGGCUGUUUUUUUUCUUUAUGUAUUCGUUUCCUGUUCUGAGUAUUUUAACCCCAUGUUUCGAUUUUUGCUUUAUGAUGUCAUCAUGUCAUCAUCACUAUUAUUAAUAUAAUUAUCAUAAAGUUAUAAGUGUCAUUAAUAUUGGGUUCUUGUGGAUGCUGCUAAGGGGAGCUUCUUUGCCCUCAUGCAACGGCCUGAGUGUGUUUGUGUGUAUCUGUGUUCAUCUGUGUGUUGGACGUCUGAGUGUGUGUGUGUGUGUGUGCUUGUGUGUUUCCUGGUUAAUUUAGAAUCUUAAUCUAAAGUUUGUUUUACUUUAUAAAGUUGAUUUUAUUGUUUUUCUUCUAAUCGUCUGUUUACUUUUGUCGAUUUGGAAGUUGGGGGGGGGGGAGGCGGGGCCUGGAGGAGUGGUAGGAACCCGUUGCCAUGGCAACUCAAUUCAGCAGAAUUCCAGAACAUUCUAGAACUCCUCUCACUGAUUGGCCCCUCCCAUUCCCUACGCCUCUGCUCCAAUCACAACCUCGGAGUCUGUGACAUCACAGCACGAUGCCACUGUCAGGACUGUGGAACACAGAUAUGGACACGAUGACAUCAUGGUCUAACCCUCCUCCUAUUGGCUGAGAGCCCCUCAGUUGUUUCUCUGUCUGUGUUGAGUUGUUGUGUCUGUUGUUUUUGUUGUAUCAGGAACCAAUCUCAGGCUCUACCUGCAGACAACAUGAUGGCAAUAAACUGUCAAUAAGAAUGAAAACGAAA